AUGGUCCUUUGCCUAGUCAGUGGUCAUAGGGACAACUUUUCGCCAAAAGAAGUCCUGCCCCUGAUAGCCGCCCCUGUUAGGACACUAUCAGGUUCAGGGCGCAGCACUGAUAGUGUGGGUAUCAAAGAUGGCAACCAUGGACGAUUGAUGCAGUACCAGUCAUGCAGCAUGGAAACUCAAACAGAACAAAACGCAAAAGAACAAAAGGGCAAAGCACACUUCAUCAGGAACAAUGGACCUCGACGAGCUUACCAGAGGCGCCUGCGAAGUGGAGGCGGCGGACAGGCGGGCGCCGAGGCAUCGUCGCUCCUCGCGUCCGCAGCGGCGGCGGGGCAAAACAGAAUGGCGCUGGAGCAGGCGAGGAGGAGCCGGCGCGUCCUCGUUCCUCGCGUCCGUGGCGGCGGCGGCGAAUGGAAGGGCGAGGGAGCAGGCGAGGAGGAUGCUGCUGCUGUGGCCGGCCUAGACGCGGUGCUCGGGGCGGGGAUGGGGCUGGCUGCCGCCGCGCCGCGGACGGGGCGCCGGGGCCGGGGCGUGCCGGCUAAAGGGAUGGGCGUCGCGCCGCCGCCGCCGGGGCUGGGCGCUCGCGAGCAGGGGGGGCAAGCCGGGAGCGGCCGAGCAGCGAGCGGCGAGCGGCGAGCGGCAGCGCCCAGCGGAGUCGCGCGGCGCGGGAAGUCGCGAGCGAGGCCGAGCGGAUUGAUUCCGAACUCGGAAAAGGCGCGGCUCGGGAUGGGAUCUUGA